AUGGCCUCGGCAACAGCGACCUACGGGCAGAAGGAGUCGUCAGACCAAAACUUUGACUACAUGUUCAAGAUCCUCAUCAUUGGCAACAGCAGCGUGGGCAAGACCUCUUUCCUGUUCCGUUACGCCGAUGACUCCUUCACACCGGCAUUUGUCAGCACCGUGGGCAUCGAUUUCAAGGUCAAGACCAUCUACAGAAACGACAAGAGGAUCAAGUUACAGAUCUGGGACACGGCAGGUCAGGAGCGGUACAGAACCAUCACCACCGCCUACUACCGGGGAGCCAUGGGCUUCAUCCUCAUGUAUGACAUCACCAAUGAGGAGUCCUUUAACGCCGUCCAGGACUGGUCAACCCAGAUUAAGACCUACUCCUGGGACAACGCCCAGGUGCUGCUGGUUGGGAACAAGUGUGACAUGGAGGAUGAGAGGGUGGUAGCUGGGGAGAGGGGCCGGCAACUCUCUGAACACUUGGGUUUUGAGUUCUUCGAGGCCAGCGCCAAGGACAACAUCAAUGUCAAGCAGACUUUUGAGCGUCUGGUGGAUAUCAUCUGUGAAAAGAUGUCAGAGAGCCUAGAUGCUGGGGACCCCACCGUUACAGGGGCAAAACAGGGGCCCCAGCUCACGGAGCAGCCCGCCCCGCCGCACCAAGACUGUGCAUGUUAA